UUCAGCACAGGAGUCAGACUGCAGCACCAUGAAUUUUGUCCCAGCACCCGGUUAUAUGCCAACCUACAACCCGUCUCUCCCUCAUUCCAAGCCCAUCCCUGGUGGACUGCGCCCUGGGAUGUCUAUAUAUGUGCAAGGAACAGUUCCACAUCAUACCAAGAGAUUCGUGGUGAACUUUGCCUGUGGCUCAAACGAUGGGGAUGAUAUCGCCUUCCACUUCAAUCCCCGCUUUGAUGGCAAAGACAAGAUUGUUUUGAACACCUACCAGGGGCGCAAGUGGGGAAAGGAGGAACAUCAUAGUAUGCCCUUCCAAAAGGGCCAACACUUCGAGAUUGUCUUUCUUGUCAACAAUGAUGCAUACCAGGUCAUGGUGAACAGGAACCCUAUCUGCAGCUACGUGCACAGGAUCCGUCCAGAGCGCGUGCAGGCUGUGGUCGCUGAUGGAGAUCUGGAGCUCCAGUCAAUGACACUCCUCGGAGGGGCCAUGAUGGGAGGCGGGGGAAUGCCAGGGCAGCAGUAUUCACCGAUGGGAAUGCCGGGCAUGAUGCCAGAUUCUGGGUUCCCUCCUUCCAACCUUCCUAUGAUGACAGUUCCUGCUUCCUACCACCCGCAAGUGCCCUACAAGGGGAACCUGCCUGGAGGGCUGGGUUCAAAGAGGACCAUCGUGGUGAAAGGAUUCGUCCCGCCGCACGCUAAACAAUUCCGGAUUAACUUUAAAGCCGGCCAAGAUAUUGCCCUGCAUAUCAACCCUCGCAUGAACGAGCGGGUUGUUGUGCGAAACAGCUUCCUGAAUGGCCACUGGGGCGGUGAGGAGCGAGAGCUGCCUAAUAACCCUUUCCAACCUGGACAAUACUUUGACCUUUCCAUUCGCUGUGGCAACCAACGGUUCAAGAUUUGGGCCAACGGCCAGCCGCUCUUCAACUACAACCAUCGUUACCAGCACUUCAAUCAAAUUGACACGCUGGAGAUCGAAGGAGACGUGGACCUCUCUUACAUCCAGUACUGAGCCUAGAAGCGGGGAUGGGGAGGGAGAGGCAAUCCCUACACACACACACUCUCCUAGACAAAACCCCUCGUUCUGUGCCUCCACUGGAUUUGGGACCUGUCCUUGACUGGAGAAGGACCUGGAUUUUUCAAUGGCA